AUGGCCGACAUCUUUGGCCUCCGCGGCGACCGGUACGCCUUCCUCAAGCUCGCACCCCCGCCGUCGUACGUCGCCGGUGCCGGCCGUGGCGCCCAGGGCUUCACCACCCGCAGCGACAUUGGUCCCGCGCGAGAGGCCCUCCCCGAGGGCGACGAGGCCCCAAAGGAGGAGGAGCACAACCCGGACCAGUUCCAGGACCCGGACAACGAGACGGGCUUGUUUGCCGGCACCGUGUACGAGGCCGACGACGAGGAGGCCGACCGCAUCUACGAGGCCGUCGACGCCGCCAUUGACGAGCGGCGGCGCGCCAAGCGCGAGGCCCGCGAGCGCGACGUCGCCGACAAGCUCCUCAAGGAGCGCCCGACCAUCCAGAGCCAGUUUGCCGACCUCAAGCGCGGCCUCGCCGACAUGAGCGAGAACGACUGGCACAACCUGCCCGAGGUGAGCAACCUGAUCGGCAACCGCGUCAAGAAGCCUCGGCUCGAGGGCCGCAGCUACGUCGUGCCCGACAGCGUCCUCGUCGGCGCCCGCGACAUGAACGCCGUUGAGCACACGCUCGCCGACGACCAGAUGAAGGACGGCCUCUCGACGCCCGCCGACGCCCUCACCGACUUUGCCGAGAUUGGUCAGGCGCGCGAGAAGAUGCUGUCGAUCAAGCUCGAGCAGGCCGGCGGCGACUCGGCGAGGGGCUCGACCAACGUCGACCCCAAGGGCUACUUGACCGGGCUCGACAGCCAGAUGCUCAAGACGAGCAGCGAGAUUGGCGACAUCAAGCGCGCGCGCGCCCUCCUCCAGUCGCUCACCAAGACGAACCCGAAGCACGCCCCGGGCUGGGUCGCCGCCGCGUGGCUCGAGAACGUCGCCGGCAAGCAGGUCGCCGCGCGCAAGAUCAUCGCCGAGGGCUGCGACCAAUGCCCCAAGAACGAGGACGUGUGGCUCUGCGCGAGCGAGCUCAACACGAACGAGAACGCCAAGGUCAUCCUCGCCAACGCGGUCCAGGAGCUGCCGCAGUCGGUCCGGAUCUGGAUGCGCGCCGUCGAGCUCGAGAACGACGUCAAGGCCAAGAAGCGGGUCCUGCGCAAAGCCCUCGAGUACAUCCCGGCGUCGGUCAAGCUGUGGAAGGAGACGGUCAAGCUCGAGGACAACCCGGAGGACGCGCGCAUCCUCCUCGCGCGCGCCGUCGAGGUCAUCCCGCACUCGCAAGAGCUGUGGCUCGCGCUCGCGCGCCUCGAGACGCCCGACCGCGCGCGCCAGGUCCUCAACAAGGCGCGCAAGACGAUCCCGACCUCGCACGAGAUCUGGAUCGCCGCCGGCCGGCUCCAGGAGCAGGAGGGCAACGUGGGCCAGGUCGACGCCAUCAUCGCCAACGGCGUGUCGGCGCUCAAGAAGAACGGCGCCGAGCUCUCGCGCGAGCAGUGGCUCGCAGAGGCCGAGCGCGCCGAGAGCCAGGGCAGCACGGUCACGGCGCAGGCCAUCGUCAAGGCGUGCAUCCACCUCGACGUCGACGAGGAGGACCGCCAGGCCGUGUGGCUCGACGACGCCGAGACGAUGACGACCAAGGGCCACAUCGCGUCGGCGAGGGCCAUCUACGCCUACGCGCUCAACGUGUACCCGCAGAAGCAGACGCUGUGGCGCAAGGCGGCCGACCUCGAGAAGCAGCACGGCGACCGCGAGACGCUCCUCGCCCUCCUCAACCGCGCCGUCGAGUCGGUCCCGCAAGCCGAGGUCCUGUGGCUCAUGGCGGCCAAGGAGUCGUGGCUCGCCGGCGACGUCGACGCGGCUCGAGGGAUUCUCGCUCGCGCGUUCGAGGCCAACCCGGACAGCGAGGGCAUCUGGCUCGCCGCCGUCAAGCUCGAGGCCGAGAACGGCGAGAUCGGCGCCGCGAGGGAGCUCAUGCAGCGCGCGCGUGACGUGUCGGGGACCGAGCGCAUCUGGGUCAAGUCGGCCGUGUUCGAGCGCACGCACAGCAGCACCGCCGCCGCGCUCGACAUGGUCAAGGCGGGCCUCAAAGUCUUCCCGGCGUCGGCCAAGCUCCACAUGAUGCACGCGCAGCUCCUCCAGGCGCAGAGCCCGCCCAACGUCGCCGGCGCGCGCGAGGCGCUCGCCGUCGGCGUGCGCAAGUGCCCGACGGCCGUCCCGCUGUGGAUCAUGGCGUCGCGGCUCGAGGAGAAGGCGGGCGUGCGCAUCAAGGCGCGUGCGCUCCUCGAGAAGGCGCGCAACCUCAACCCGAAGAGCGAGGAGGUGUGGCUCGAGAGCGUCAAGGUCGAGGAGCGAGACGGGUCCGGCGCCGCCAAGCCCAUGUUGUCUCGAGCCCUUCAAACCCUCCCCUCGUCCGGCCUCCUCCACUCGCACUCGGUCUGGUCCGAGCCGCGCCCGACUCGCAAGACGCGCUCGGUCGACGCCCUCAAGAAGACCAACAACUCGCCGACCGUCAUCGUCACCGUCGCGCGGCUGUUCUGGGCCGAGCGCAAGAUCGAGAAGGCGCGAGACUGGUUCGCGAGGGCCGUCGCCGCCGACAAGGACUUUGGCGACGCGUGGGCGUGGUGGUGGAAGUUUGAGAAGCAGCACGGCACAGAUGAGCAUCGCGAGGCGCUGUUGCAAAAGUGCGUCGCCGCCGACCCGCACCACGGCCAGGUGUGGCCGACGAUCGCCAAGGACCCGGCCAACGUCGGCAAGGACCUCGUCGCCAUCCUCGAGCUCGCGUCGCAGGCCGUCGAGGAGGGCACGUCGGGAGCGGCGGCGGCGCCAUGAGCGUGUCGAGGAGGGGGUCCGAGUGCACGUCACGCAGAACUUGUUGCAACUACCUCGCUGUUCAACG